AUGGCGGGACCUCGGCGAUCUUCCUUGCUUCUUUUUCCGUUUGUGUUAUUCAUGCUUCUUUUGUGGAGGGGGAGGUGCUCCACGGAACAGAAACUCGGCCGCCGGUCUCCUCCCACAGACGGCGGUUUCUGCGAUCAGCUGAUUCGCCCUCUUGGCUACGCCUGCACUGAGCACGUGGUAUGAAAGAAGAUGAAGUGCCUAUUCUCUUUCUGGAAUUUUUUUGACGGUAUAAUUCAUGGAAACGGAGAUGAUUCUGCUGUUACUUGGUUUCUACCCUUCUCAUCUGGCUUUUGGACGUGGUUCGUUCGAUAUGGCUACUUCCUAUCUUCAAUUAUCAUGUUUUAGGUGUUCUCACACUAGCUAAUAAUUGGAGGAGGUGGUGGAUGUGUUUUAAUGUUAUAAACCACCAUAUUGCCUUCCCAGAAAUAUUUUAUGACGUUAAUGACCAUUCUGGAUAUUAUACACAUAGAGCGACAUACAAUUCAAUCCAGCCUUAUCCACGAUUGGUUGACUUCGUAUCAUUGAUUGUGCUAUAGUUUUAUAUUUUAGGGUGAGUUCAACUAACAUAUUGUUGGCUAUCUUUGCUUUUGCGCCAUAUUUUGUUGGGCUAGACCGUCCGCACGUCCACUGAAAUGGUGUCCUUAUAUUUUCGGAUCAUUUUUGGUUUACGUUCUGCACGUGUGCUUACUAAUUGGAUAUUUAUAUGCACUUCAUUCCUUACGGACGGUCUUGCUCCUUAUCUUAGUCUCCUCUGUAGAAGUAACAGCUGUGGUUUCUCUUUGGGCGAUAUCUUUUUUCUAAUCAAUUACAUUUUCUAUGAUUCAAAGUCUGUUUAAAUUUUCUUUGACAAGCCUGUAUUUUUAUGACUCCAUAUCCUUCCUGCUGCUUCAUUCUGCAUGUUCUUAUUCUUGUUUCGUCAUGAUAUUGAUGGACGACAGGCAUUAGACAGAUAUAUCCAUGUAGCGAUUAUUUUAUCAGCAGGAACAGUACUACCGUUUUCUUAUGGCGCCAGGAAGCUCAUUCGUUUUCUUAUGUGCAAGGGCUUUGCCCGUGUUGUCAAUCAAUCGACGCCCAUCAGUUUUUGAUUUUCUAGAUCUUGUAGACCCUGAAGAAUUGCUUAGAGUAAACAGUGACUGGGAAUAUGGGACAUUUUUAGCCAGUGACAUCAUUUUGUCCAAUGUUAAGUUGGGCGAAGGCUACUGGAUUGGGUAAGUAGGCGUCUGAGGUGAGCAUGGUGAACAACUGCACAAUGAUGAGAUUUCCACUUGCUUGACCUUUUGAAUUCCUUACUUCAGAGUAAGUUUUCUGUAGUCGUUGCCCGAUAAUAUAGAUAUUCUAGUUUUCAAUGUUGUUCAAAUGAUGUUCUUGGGGAAUCAUUGUCAGGUCCAAACAGAUGAUGGUUUUCUUUUGGCUGUUCAACGAAUUCAAGAUGGGAAGAAUACCCAGAAAUUUGGGUCACCUCGCCCGGUUUUUCUUCAGCAUGGACUAUUUCAGGUAGCUGUUAGUUGAUCUAGGUGGAAUUUCCUACUUGCUUUCACAUCUCACUCGUUUGAUCAUGAUUCUAUCAUAUAGUAGUCAUGUUCAAGGCUCCUUUAUCAAACCUCCUCUCUCCCCGUUCUGCAUGUCAUUAUCACAAGUUUAAGGGCCUGUUAAAACUCCAUUUCUUUUUUGGGGGCAUGGACUGAUUGCCAAGUGCUGAUAUGGGUGCAAGUCGGACAGUCCUACUGACACUGAGAGAUGUAAAAGUUGGACGGCUGGACAAAUAUAUCCAUCUUCUCAUUUAUAUGCCAAAUAAAUUAAACUGAUAAAAUUAUGGUAGAGACUCACGGAAAACGUUGCUGUUGAUUUCCAAAAGGUACAUUUCUAAAAUGUUUCUCUCAUUGACUAAAUGUAUCUAAGCGUGGAAAGUUGAAAUUCCUGGAUCUGAAGCUAGGAGAUUUCAUGUUUAUCCUACCGCGCUUAUGGACGAAAAAUUAAAAUAAUUAAUGAUUAUUCAAAGUAUAACAAUAAGAUAGCUAAGAUGUAAGAAAGCAAAUCGCCGUGCUUGUGUAAGAUCAACAUGCUAACAUCUCUGGCUAUGAAGAUGCCGUGUCAUAAAUUUAUUUGAUUGUAGCAACUCGGUACCUAAAGUCAUAGCAUGCAUGCCAUGUUUUCGGUUUAAUAAAUCAUAUCUGAACACUCUAAACAUUGCUGACAUUAUCCGGCUGAAAUUUUUGCAUUGGUAUCCCUUUAUUAUUGCUCAAAUUUUCAUUCGAUAAAGCCAAUGAAUCCAAGCUGACUUUCAAAUUUGGCACUAGUUGGAAAGAAAAGAAAGAUACGUAGUUCUUAAGUCAUUAUUUUCUUUGUUUCUGCAGAGGAAUGCAUUUCUUUUAUCUGGAGCUGAAGAAAAGAUUAUGAAGGGUGAAAUUUUUCCUGUUACAUAUUUGUUAUCUCAUGAACUAAUCUUAAAUACGCUGGUAUUAAAUUAUGACAGGGAGGUGACACAUGGUUUUUGAACCCUACUGAACAAUCACUGGGAUUUGUCCUUGCUGAUCACGGUUUUGAUGUAUGGGUUGGGAAUGUACGUGGCACACAUUGGAGCCGUGGACACAUCAGUCUUUCUGAGACAGAACGGGUAUCAGUGCAAUUGAUGUUUGAGUGACUUCCUUCAAGAAAAGUUACCAGUAUAUCGAAUUUUGUUUUGGCGCUUACUCUUUGAAAUAUGUCCGGUUUAUCAAACAUUCUGACAUAGGCCUUCAUCUUUACUGGUUCACAGGUUUUUUGGGAGUGGAGUUGGCAAGAACUCGCUGAAUAUGACCUAAAGUGUAUGGUUAACUAUGUAUACUCGGUCACCAAUUCAAAAGUCCUCUUUGUCGGACACUCACAGGUUGAUUAUCUAUUUUGAAAGUCUUAUUUUUUGACCGAAGAAGGUCGUAUGUUCUGAAAUUCUCAUCGUUCUACUUGAGGAAGCUGUCUAUUUGUCGCAGGGAACUAUUAUGGGUUUAGCUGCCUUGACUAAGCCAGAAGUAGUUGACAUGAUCGAGGCUGCCGCACUUCUCUCUCCGAUAUCUUAUUUAGACCAUAUCAGCUCUCAACUGGUGCUUAGAGCAGUUGGAAUGCAUCUGGAUCAGGUAUUGUAUGGAUCAGAGGUCAUAUGGGAGAAGAUAUAUGGAGCUUUUGUACUAGCCAUUCAGUAAAUUUGUGCAACAAUGACCACUGUUGUGUCUAUGGCAGGUGCUUCUCACAAUGGGUAUCCACGAGCUUAACUUCAGAAAGUCUGUUUCCACUUCCGUCCGCAUACUCAUGAUUUUCUCAAUCUACCGUAGUAUACCACUGUGCUUGCCAAUGUUCAUUGCCUAUGUUUUCAUCUUAUGUACAGUGACCUUGGGGUUCGGAUAAUGGACUACUUAUGCGAUGGCUUCAUGGACUGUGGCAACAUCCUGUCGGCCAUCACAGGUACACCCCACCUGUCCCCUGGCCUUCUUGCUACUCGGGCGUCCAUCCAUCAGCUUUUAGGUCGACAUUUCAUUCAUUUUAAUAUUCUUGAAUCAGUGUUGAAGCUGGUGCCCUAGUUUUGCUCGAAUGUGCUAUCUCCAACACUAACCUGCGGCCCCUUCCCUUUUCGGUCACCCCUUGGGGUCGGAAAUAGCCCCUAUAUCAGCUCAAAUUACAGAUUUUACUUGUCUAAACACUGAACUGUUUCGAAGAGUUACGAUCCUUCCGACCGAUUUUUCCUGGUUCAAAGCUUCACGGCCAGCUUAUAUCUUACGUCCCUACGCAUAUCAAUCAAUCGUCCACGGUAUUCAUUGAUAUGAGCGAUUGCCACCACCGGAUUAACGAACUAAACUUGUUGAGAGGCAGUAGCUGAUAAGGCUAGUGCCGCAGCUGCUGGGCCACCAGAAGAAGCUGAUGCGGAGUUGAUGCCAGGGUCUGAAAUUAUGGAGGGCGACGACUAUCUGAGCCGGUGGGAGCUCCGCUCACUGUUUCUCUCUUGUGGCAGGGAAGAAUUGUUGCUUCAAUGAUUCUCGCGUGGAGUAUUAUCUGGAGUACGAACCACAUCCAUCUUCGGUGAAGAACAUCAACCAUCUCUUCCAAAGUUAGUCUGCGUCCAAUUCAUCGUCUCUCCAUCAUGCGUUCCAUUCCGUCUUCACCAUACCUAGCUAUUCUGAUGCAUCAGACAUCGUCUGCCACCACGAAUGAGCUAAUGAAUCUCUCUCCCCCUGUCAUUUCUACGGAGAUAGCUAACUACACUCGCCUGCAGUGAUCCGAAAGGGCACCUUCACCAAGUACGACUACGGCGUGUGGGGCAACCUGAAGCACUACGGGCGGAUGCAUCCGCCGCCGUACGAUCUCGCGGCAAUUCCCAAGUCGUUGCCUCUGUGGAUGGCUUACGGCGGCAACGAUGCGCUGGCGGACACGACCGACGUAGAGCGGAUGAUGCGGGGGCUGAGCUCGGAGCCGGAGACGGUGUACCUUGAUUCGUACGGCCACAUCGACUUCAUCUACAGCGUGAACGCUAAGGUCGAUAUCUACGACAAGAUGAUCAGUUUCUUCAGCUCCUGCGGCCAGGCUGCAAGCAUCUGGUCGGCGUAG